AUGGCGAACUCGGCAAAUACAAACACCGUGCCUAAAUUGUACAGAUCUGUGAUUGAAGAUGUUAUUAAUGAUGUGAGAGACAUCUUUUUGGAUGAUGGCGUUGAUGAACAAGUUCUUAUGGAACUAAAAACUUUGUGGGAGAAUAAACUAAUGCAGUCUAGGGCAGUAGAUGGAUUUCAUUCGGAAGAGCAGCAGCUUUUAUUGCAAGUUCAGCAGCAGCAUCAACCCCAGCAACAGCAACAUCACCACCACCACCACCAUCAGCAAACUCAGCCACAGCAGACGGUACCUCAGCAGGCGCAGACCCAGCAGGUCCUUAUUCCUGCAUCACAGCAAGCUGCUGCACCACAAGUUAUAGUUCCUGAUUCUAAGCUGAUACAACAUAUGAAUGCGUCAAACAUGAGCGCUGCUGCUACAGCUGCUACCUUGGCACUCCCUGCGGGUGUGACGCCGGUUCAGCAGAUACUAACAAAUUCAGGCCAGCUUCUUCAAGUAGUCAGAGCAGCCAAUGGUGCCCAGUAUAUCUUCCAGCCUCAGCAGUCAGUGGUUCUCCAACAACAAGUUAUACCACAAAUGCAGCCUGGUGGAGUACAAGCUCCUGUUAUACAACAGGUACUGGCCCCUCUUCCUGGAGGGAUUUCACCACAGACGGGUGUCAUCAUUCAGCCACAACAAAUCUUAUUUACAGGAAAUAAGACUCAAGUUAUACCUACAACGGUGGCUGCACCUACCCCGGCGCAAGCCCAGAUAACUGCAGCUGGCCAGCAGCAACCACAGGCCCAGCCUGCUCAAGCACAAGCCCCACUGGUGUUACAGGUUGAUGGAACCGGGGAUACGUCAUCUGAAGAAGAUGAAGAUGAAGAAGAAGACUAUGAUGAUGAUGAAGAGGAAGACAAAGAGAAAGAUGGAGCUGAGGAUGGGCAGGUAGAAGAAGAGCCCCUCAACAGUGAAGAUGAUGUGAGUGAUGAGGAAGGACAGGAACUCUUUGAUACAGAAAAUGUUGUUGUAUGCCAAUAUGAUAAGAUACACAGAAGUAAAAACAAAUGGAAAUUUCACCUCAAGGAUGGCAUUAUGAAUCUUAAUGGAAGAGAUUAUAUAUUUUCCAAAGCCAUUGGAGAUGCAGAAUGGUGAAGAGUUGGUUCUUUUCUUUUAUAAAUAAAACAAACUUAAAAAAAAUUUAAAGUGGACAGUUUGAAACUUGGGACAUACACCAACCAAAACUUAAUUUCUGCAUGUCAGAGAAGUGCAGUAGAAUCAAAGCUACUGGAACAAAGAGACCUUGACAACAGACACUACUAACUGGCAAGCCAUGGAACUGUAGCACCUGGGGUUGUUGGGGUGGGGGAGGUUGGGGUUUUGGAAAACCAUAAUUGUUGAUUUUAAAUACAGGUACCUGCCACCAGUAAUUAGCAUGUAAAGCUUUGUCUAUAUUCCUUCCUCCAACUUGGGUUCAAUCAGAAGAUACUUGUUGGAACGAACUGAAGAAAAUUCCCUUUUGAUAGAUUGAACUGAAACUGCUUAUUGUAUGUGGUUAUAUUUGGUAAAAAUUGCGUGUGAGCUUUUUACAAAAGGGUAAGAAUUGUGUUGAAUUUUAAUUCACUUCUAUAAGGAAACAAUUUAGAACUCUCGUUGUAGGUCUUAAAUAUUUUUACUAGCUAUUCUCCUCAGUAAUAUAUACCUCUUCCUUCCCUGCUUUAUGAAAUAUCUGUUUAAGAGUUAAAGGAAGUAAUCAGUGAACACAGUUUGGAGGCAAAAUUUGACCCAGGAAUGAUUAUUUUAAUUAGGUUUUCAUACUUAACUAAAUGUAACUUGGGCCUCAUUGAGUUGAACAGAAUUAAAAUGGCAGCUUUGGUUUCCUUACAGAAAAAUAUUUGUUUCUUUUAGUCCCAUACCUUAUAAAGAAACCCCAGAGUGGCUCCUCAGGAAUACAGUUUUAUUUCACAGAGGUACCAUCUAGCUGAAAUUACAUACAUAAGAAUAGAUAUAGAUUUUUUCCUGUUGGGCUGAAGUAUAUGCUUAUACAUAUGUUUAAUCUUUAAGCUAAACAGACAUUUAGAUAACAUUCUGUGCAUUGACUGAAGCAUUGGGCAGGUAGUG